AUGGCAUCUGCAACUGGAAUCCCAGAAGAACGGCCGUCGUCUAUCCAAGAUGGCGUAGAGAACGAACCGCUGCUCGGCAGGCCCGGAGACGUCACCCAGGCGGAGGACCAGAAUAUCUUCAUCAAUCUGGUAACAGGAACGGCGGCGUUGGCGCAGGUUGGGAUACUGAUCAUUGCUGGUCUCGUCUGGUCCGGAAUCUUCACCCAUGAACUCAUCUUCUUCUCGCCGCACCCGCUUCUCAACUCGGUAGCCGUCUUGCUCACAGUUCAAGCGAUUCUCAUCGUGCAGCCGACGAAGACUGCCUCGCAGAAACGGGCAGGCGCCCUCACACACUUUGGAUUCCUGGCCAUUGCGAACCUCGCCUUCAUCUCCGCCCUCAUAAUCAUCGAGAUCAACAAGGAGAGCCAUCCAGAGACCCGUUUCUCCUCUGUCCACGGUGUCCUAGGCCUCAUCACCUAUAUAAUUAUCUUCCUGCAGGCAGCUGUUGGCGUGGCGCAGUAUUUCUUCCCCGAGGAAGUCUUUGGCAGCGUCGAGAAUGGGAAGAAGAUAUACAAAUGGCACCGCGUGAGCGGAUAUGUGCUGUUUGUCCUCGAACUAGUGGUCAUUAUCGCUGCUACCAAGACGGAUUAUAACGUCACAACUCUACAUAUUGGCUUCUGGCCUGUUACUAUUGCAUCGGCGCUUACUUUUGCUGGUGUCGUUGCCCGUGUCAAAAGGCUAACACUUAGAUCACCACGCCGGAACUUCUCCGUGUCCCGCAGCGUCCUCAGUACAGCUUCAUCUCGCCCGCCCACGGCACCAAAGGCCGUUCCCAAUGUCCGGCACAUUCGCGAAAAUGCGGAAUUAUACUCCAAAAACUGUCUCGAUCGCAACUAUAAACCGGUUGCAGACUACCCGCCGAGAAUACAAUCGUUAGCGAAGGAAGCGGCGGAUUUGCAGCAUGCUCUACAGCACCCUCGAUCAAGGAUAAAGCAGGUUGAGAAGGAAAUAGCUAAACUCGCUACGCUUGCGGCGCGCCAUAAACAAACUGGACAACAAGGAGAAGGGAAAGGGGCUGGUACAGCGGUGCCGGGUGAAUUGAAAUCGGGGGACCUGGAUAGGACUGAAGCACUUGAGGAACUUCGAUCAGAAGCGAAGGAGCUGAAAGAUGCCUCGCAACAGAUGAUGGACCGGAGGCAAGAUUGUAUGGAAGAAAUCCAGCAAUUAGCCUUAUCGUUGCCAAAUCUUACAUCGAAGGAAACACCGAUUGGAGAUGUGCCUCAAGUUGUCACAUACAUCAAUUUCGACCCUGCCUCGCCGCCGUCAUAUACGUCUAUAUCUGCUUCUCCUUCUUCUAUUCCACGAUCACACGUCUCUAUCGGCACCGAACUAGGGCUGAUCGACUUCUCCAGCUCUGCAACAUCAACUGGAUGGGGGUGGUACUUCCUUACCAACGAAGGCUGUCUGCUCGAGCAUGCACUCGUCCAAUACGCGCUCAGCACAGCUCGUAGCAAGGGCUGGAAACCUGUCUCUCCACCAAGUGUUGUCUACUCUCAUAUUGCUGAAGCUUGCGGUUUCCAGCCCCGUGAUGCAAACAACGAGCAACAGAUAUGGUCCAUCCAGCAGACGGAGAGAGAUAGAGCUGCCCACAAACCGCAGCGCAGCUUAACAGGGACUGCUGAGAUUCCGCUUGCUGCUAUGUAUGCUGGACAGGAAAUACUGGCUGACCAACUUCCGAUAAAGCUUGUGGGUGCGAGUAGAUGCUACCGAGCUGAAGCUGGCGCAAGAGGGGUUGAUACCAAGGGGUUAUACCGCGUGCAUGAAUUUACAAAGGUGGAAUUAUUUGCAUGGGCCGAUAAUAUUGAAUCAAACGCAACGACCAUGGUUUCUAAUGAGGUCAACUCGUUGUCCCUUUUCGAGGAAAUGCUCUCCAUCCAGACGGAUAUCCUCUCCUCUCUCAAUCUGCCCUGCCGGGUCCUGGAAAUGUCCUCCUCCGACCUUGGUGCGAGCGCGACUCGAAAGCGAGAUAUAGAAGUUCUCUUCCCGUCAAGGAUGCCAAAUGGUUCCGAUAAAUCGUCGGUACUUGACCCCGAUUAUAGCGGGUGGGGAGAAGUUACAUCGACCUCAAUAUGUACGGACUAUCAGAGUCGACGGUUGGGGACGAGGGUGCGUGACAGUGCGGGUGAGUCAAGAUUCCCUCAUACUGUUAAUGGUACCGCAAUGGCUGUUCCGAGAGUUCUAGCUGCUAUACUAGAACAUGGGUGGGAUGAGAAGCUAGGAGGUAUCGUUGUGCCCGAGGUACUACGGCCUUGGAUGGGUGGGAUCGAGGUUAUUCGGGGGAAUAAAUAA